UAUCGUCUUUUCUCUCUUUCGAUACGCAUACACAUUUUACAGGUAUUCUCGUAACAAUAUUUUACCUCGCGUCCAAAGUGCGUUCUACGACGUUCUCGCGGCUGGCUCUUCUUUUGUUCGAGUCUCGGUCGAAUAUCCAUUUACAUUCCAGCCCAGUCCAUCGCGACGCUUCCUGUUUCUCGAGCGGUUCUCCGCGUGCCGCUUGCCGUUUCAUCCUUCCUCCGCUCGAAUCGAAGCACAUGUAUCGAAAGGACAUAACUCGCACGCGUCUCGAUCGUCACGAGACGUGUAAGGGGUAAGUUGUAAAAAUGACGUCGCCUCGACGGAACGGUCGGUUAACGAUACCGUUCGUUCGAUGAUGCGAUGAGGCCCACUCGCACCGGUACAUCUACCGGUACGACGUCGCGACGUCGACAAAGGGAGGAGCGCACGCGCGAUCGAAACAAAGAGAUAAACAAAGAGGGAAGGGGAUGUAACACGUUGAAGCGUGCGACGUUGGUUCGUUUCAUUCUGGAAUACCAAUGAAUUUUGAAGUAUUCGACACGUGACCCGAAUUCUAUUCCUCCUCCUCCUCCUCUUCCUUUUUCUCACUUUUCCAUUUACGUAUCGCGGUUCGACGAAACUAUUCUAUCGAAACUGAAUCCCCAAGAUCCAACGUAACGACGGAAUAAACUGGCAUUAUCCGUACCCGCGAAAUGGUAGGAAGGAUCGCGGAAGGAAGAGUAAUAAAGAGGGAUCAAGACUAGGAGACCGAGACCGAGACCGAGAACGCGGUAAAGAAGUGGGAGACCGAGGGAACACGGUUGUGUCCGCUUUUCCAUCCGUUCGUGCACGGGGGCCAAAAGCGGCGGAGGGCCGCGCUCAGUUUGCCUUCAGUCAUACCAAAGAACGCGCCGGAUCCCAUAGUCGCGUUCGCGUAUCCGUGCAACACAAGUCGAUAAUCUCACGAUUGUUUUUCACAGAAGGGGGGGAAAAAAAGGAGCAGACACUAGAUUCCAAAUAGACAACGAUGAAAGGCAACGUUGUCGGUUGGACUAUGUUCGUUCUUCUGUUGACCGCGAGCAGCGUUUCGAAGAUUUCGGCCUUGGCAACUAGCGUUCCAAGUUACAAGCUGAACGAUCGAUGCACCAAAGACGUAGAGUGCGAAUCGAGCAUCGAGGGUAGCCAAUGCCACUUUGGUCGUUGUCGCUGUUUGCCCUACUUUGCCGCGUACAACGGAACCUACUGUCUCGAGGCAACCCUUCUCGGCCAGGAGUGUCUGGUCGACGAACAAUGCACGUUGAAAGUGGCCAACAGCAACUGCUCGGGCGGAUUGUGCGGCUGCAAGCACGGCUUCCUUCAAUUUCGUCGACACACGUGUCUCGGUCCGGCGAAACUCGGCCAAGUUUGCUACGAGCACGCCCACUGUCGUUUAUGGGAAGCGAAUUCGCACUGCGAUUUCCUGAUCCCGAACUUGUUCGGUCGUUGCCAGUGCACCGCGCCUACCCGCCGCGAGGCCGACGUUUGCCGGCCGGACGAUCUGGUCAGACCUCCGCCUUUGUUCGACCAUUCCUCGAUCGUUACCGAUCGAGUAAUCCCGACUACUACGGGCGGAGAGGAGGAGAGGGAAGAGGAAACGGGAGUUGAAAUCGCCUGGCUGAAGAGGAACGAAACUCGAUCGACACCGGCCGCUUUCUUACCGACGGAUUCGGUCGACUCGGACGAUACGAUCGUCGUCGAGGCUGCCGACGAAACCGAGGUUACCAACGGUGCAUGGAUAUCUUCGGCGUCGCCAAUCAAGACGGAUCGAGAAGUGGACGCGACAAGCACCGUGCCACCUCCACCGUUCUCCCCGGUCACUUUGGGCCACGAUUGCGUCUCCGAUCUCGAGUGUCGAUCGGCCGAUCCCCAUUCCAGAUGCAUCGAUCGAGUAUGCGAGUGUGAAUAUCGGGGGAACGGGAGUAGCUGCGCAGCGGGGAAGACGGGAUGCGCGGCUGGCACGUUCCAAUGCAAAAGCUCGGGGAUAUGUAUCAGCUGGUUCUUCGUCUGCGACGGGAGAUCGGAUUGCGAGGACGGGUCGGACGAGCGUUGCUCGAUCACGGCGAACGGGUCCAGGUGUCCCGAGCAAGCGUUCAGAUGCUCGCGAAGCGACGUUUGCGUGUCGAGGGCGGUGAUGUGCGACGGGAAACGGGAUUGCCCGCGAGGAGAGGACGAACUCGGAUGCAACGAUCGACGAAAGUGUCCAGAGGGCGCGUUCAGAUGCGACAACGGGCAAUGCCUGCCGGCGUACGAGUUUUGCAACGCCGUGGUCUCUUGCCGGGAUGGAAGCGACGAGCCGAGGGACGCGUGCCGGAGGCAAGGAAGGGAAGGAAGGGGAAGAAGGACCGCGAUGGCGGCGACUCGAUGCCCGUUCAGAUGCGACAACGGCAGGUGUCGUUCCGACGCGAUCGCCUGCAGCGGUCGCGACGGUUGCGGCGACGCUUCCGACGAGAGGCGUUGUUCCGUUUGCAGAUGCUCGCCUUCCCCUUAAAUCUUAUCGAAGCGGAAACAAUUUCCGGAUUCGACGAUACGAGAGAUACGUUUUUUACGAGGGAGAGGGAGGAUAUAUGUACAUGUAUAUACAACGGAAUUGCGAUUGGAAAUAAAGAAAUUGAGAGAGAAAGAGAGAGAGAAAAAUAUCGAUCGAAAUUUUCUUCAUAUUGAUCGAAUCCUCGAAUCUCGCCAUUCCUUCUCUUCGUUCCGUUGCCCUUAGUUCCGUCGCUUAUAGGCGAACGCGGAAGUUCGAUUUGGCCACGUUUCGAUUCGAAAUUGGAGGAGGAUGCGCGCAUCUGCGCGAAACGUGGCAACGCGUCGGUGGGAUGGGUACGCGUCGAUAGUGUGUCUCGCCUCGAGCAGCCCCGCUUUCCGAAUCACGGCCGCGAACGACGACGAGAUCAUCGCGAUUUUUUCUUCCGCUCGUUUCCGUUUCGAUCCAUCCCCGUGAAAACGUUUCGUCAAAUCGCUUCGCCAACUUCCUUUCCGCGAUCCUCGCGCGAUAUCGAGCGG